CUACGCCGUAAGAAAGUUCAAAAUCUCAAAUCAACAGAAAUCAUCAUGUCUGCUCUUCGCAACACUGCCAUUGCUGCUGGAACCGUGGCUGCCCUUGCUUUGGGUUACGCCGUCUACUUUGACUACCGUCGGAGAAACGAUGCCGCCUUCCGCAAGACUUUGAGAUCAUCCCACAAGAAGGUCGCUAAGGCCAAGAAGGCCGAGGAGGAGCAGGCUAUCAAGAAGUCCAGCGAGGCUCUCAGCGAGGCCUUGGCUCAGGUCUACGCCGAGGGUCUCCCCACCGGUGUCGAGGAGCGCGAGUCAUUCUUCAUGGAGCAGGUUACCAAGGGUGAGAUUCUCUUCACCCAGGGCGAGGAACACUUCCUUAACGCCGCCAUUUGCUUCUACAAGGCCUGGAAGGUCUACCCUCAACCCGUCGAGCUCUUGAACAUCUACCAGCAGACGAUGCCCGAGGGUGUCUUUAACAUUGUCGUCGCUAUGGCUGCUAUUGAGUCUCGUACUCACGCUGAUACUGCUACCGCUGCUGAGGAUGCCGGUAUUGAUGAGGAUGUUCCCAACCCAACAGCUACCGAGGCUUCCGAGGCAUCCCCGGCUGAUGUGGAGGCUGUUAAGGCCGAGGAGGAGUCUGAGGAGGAGGAGGUUGUUGUUGAGACCAUCCCUGUUGCCGCGGAGGCGACUGAGGAGGAGCCCUUGGAGUAAAACAGUACGAUAGUGUUGUGUUGACGAUAAUGAAAGAAACGAUGGGGGACCAGGCUGGCCUGGGCGGAAGGAUGU